AUGGUGAACACCAAGUAUAAUGUUGAUGCUGAGGCUUUGUAUGUUCCCCCAAGCCCCGCCAGGGACGUCAAUCAGCAGGCAGUGGACCUGGAUGAGCUCCCAAAUGGAUACUAUCGCAGCAAGAACUUCAUCGGAUCACUGAUUGCAACCUGUCUUAUGGCGAUCAGUUUGUACCUGGGCUAUGUGUUGCCUGUAAACAGCUUAGCUGCCAUCAAUGCGGAUUUGGGACCCGACCCCAACUAUAGCAUGAUUUCAACUGUUUUCACAUUGAUCUCCGGUGUCGCCAUUCUUCUGGUCGGACGUCUUGGUGAUAUUUUCGGCCGUCGCUACUUCUUGAUCGGGGGCCAGCUGCUAGGUCUGAUCGGUGCCAUUGUCUGUGCAACGGCCAAGAAUGUCCCUACUGUAAUUGGUGGCAGUGCCCUUUGUGGCCUGGCCGCAUCGGUGCAAUUGACUUUCACAUUUGUGAUCGCUGAGUUAGUCCCCAACAAGCUGCGACCCAUGAUCAAUGGCGGUAUCUUUGUGACCACAAUCCCUUUCGCUGGAUUCGGUGGCCUCAUUGCCAAACUGUUCACCCAGAACACCGAGAAGUCAUGGCGUUGGAAUUACUACAUCAAUAUGAUUACCUGUGGUCUCUCAAUCAUCUUGUAUGUGUGCUGCUACUAUCCGCCAGGAUGGGAAAUCAAGCACAAGGGCCAGAGCAGACUCGAGGGGUUAAAAAAGUUUGAUUAUAUUGGCUUCGUCCUCUAUGCGGGGGGAUUGGUCCUGAUGCUCCUUGGUCUUUCCUGGGGUGGUUCAUCCUAUACAUGGAGCUCAAGUCAUGUGAUUGCCGUUCUUGUGGUCGGCUUCGUCUCGCUGAUUGCGUUCGUUGCCUAUGAGAUCGCUGUUCCCCUGGAGCAGCCGCUCCUGCCCUUGUAUCUGCUCAAGAAUCGCGGCUACACCGCGACUGUUUGCUCUGCCCUGGUUGGCAAUAUGGUUUACUUCUCUAUGAGUCUGUUGUGGCCGGAAGCCAUUGCCUACUUGUUUACUACUGACUCGAUCACGGCUGGUUGGCUUGCGUGCUCUACGGGCCUGGGGGUCAUUGUGGGAGAAAUUGUUGCGGGUGCUCUCAUGAAGCGUCUUGGCUACUCCAAAUACCAGCUCAUUGCGUCGACAAUCUUGAUCACUACUUUCUCGGGCGCCCUUGCUGCUAUCAAUCAAGAUAGACAGGCUUAUGGCCUCGCGUUCACUGCGAUCGGUGGUUUUGCUGUUGGGUAUCUCGAGCUCAUUACUCUCAUCAUGUGCCCUCUGUACUGCGAGCCGGAGGAUAUUGGUCUUGCAAGUGGCUUUCUUGGGUCGGCGAAACAAGUGGCAGGAACAAUUGCCACCGUUAUCUAUAUUGCUAUCCUCAACAGCCGUGUGUCUGCCGUCCUCCCUCGUGAUGUCUCUGCAGCUGCAGUGAAGGCCGGCCUUGCGAAAUCAUCUGUCACCUAUCUCCUUGAGGCUGUCUCUGCCGGUACGACUACGGCGCUGCAAGCUAUUCCUGGUAUGACCGAUUCUAUCUUGGCUGCCGUCGGCGAUGCCGAGAAGACCGCAUAUUCUCAGUCCUUCCGCACAGUAUUCCUCGUAAGUAUCGCAUUUGGCGGCCUUGCUAUAAUUGCUGCAGUGGUUUCCGUUCCGAUCGAUGAUAAGCUCAACAAUGUCGUUGCGGCAAAGCUUUCGGGUACUGGUGCAAGCCGGGCGGAGUUGCAGACAAACGAGGAGAAAAAUUAA